AUGAAGAAUGACUGCAUAAAAACCAUAAUAUGUCAAGAAAGAAAAAAAGAUCCAAUAGAAAUGUUUCAUUCUGGACAGCUGGUAAAAGUCUGUGCCCCAAUGGUUCGGUACUCAAAGUUGGCUUUUAGAACAUUAGUAAGAAAAUACAAUUGUGAUCUGUGUUAUACACCAAUGAUAGUUGCUGCUGAUUUUGUGAGAUCUGUGAAAGCCAGGGACAGUGAGUUUACCACAAACCAAGGUGAUUGCCCAUUGAUUGUUCAGUUUGCUGCUAAUGAUGCAAGACUUUUAUCUGAUGCUGCUCGCAUAGUCUGUCCUUAUGUGAAUGGAAUAGACAUUAACUGUGGUUGCCCUCAGAGGUGGGCAAUGGCAGAAGGUUAUGGGGCUUGCUUAAUAAAUAAACCAGAGCUUAUUCGAGAUAUGGUGAAACAAGUAAGAAACCAAGUGGAAAACCCCAGAUUUUCAGUAUCUAUUAAAAUAAGGAUUCAUGAUGACCUUACAAGAACUGUAGAUCUCUGUCGAAAGGCUGAAGCAACAGGAGUGUCUUGGAUUACAGUCCAUGGAAGAACUGUUGAAGAAAGACAUCAGCCAGUCCACUAUGAUGCCAUUAAAAUAAUUAAAGAAAAUAUGUCUGUACCUAUAAUUGCUAAUGGAGACAUCAGAACCUUAAAAGAAGCAGAAAAUGUGUGGCAAAUUACCAGGACAAAUGGUGUGAUGGUUGCAAGAGGACUCUUGGCAAACCCGGCCAUGUUUGCUGGAUAUGAGGAAACUCCACUGAAAUGCAUCUGGGACUGGGUUGACAUUGCUCUUGAACUCGGAACUCCUUAUAUGUGUUUCCAUCAGCAUUUAAUGUACAUGAUGGAAAAGAUAACUUCAAGGCAGGAAAAAAGAGUGUUUAAUGCUUUGUCAAGCACAUCAGCAGUAUUAGAUUACCUUACAGACCAUUAUGGCAUUUGA